UGAGCAGCACGGGCAGAGCAGACGGCUGCAUGGAUGGAGGGCAAACCGUCCACUUGAUUUCUAUGAGUAACCGUGGCGUGAACGGCAUUUUGGGACGUAGUUAAGUGUUUGCAAUCCGCGCUCUUCACUCCAGCGAUGUUAAUAUGAAACCAAUAUGUUGCAUUCACAGUCGGGGUGAUUUGCUAUGGUGAUACUACAAGCUACCCCAAGCUAGCAGAGGGAUUGUUUUGGGAGAUACCUUUCUUUUGAGUCACUCAUACACCGACACAUGAAUUAGACGCUUUUUUGUGCAUUUUCAUCAAGCUGGAACACAAAGGGGAAUGUCUAGCCAAGGAGUUAGGAGAAACGGCCCAGUAAAGCUGCGGUUGACAGUCCUGUGUGCAAAGAACCUGGCAAAGAAAGACUUCUUCCGGUUGCCAGAUCCUUUUGCCAAAGUGGUGGUGGACGGCUCAGGACAAUGCCACUCUACAGAUACUGUGAGAAACACUCUGGACCCAAAGUGGAAUCAGCACUAUGACCUAUACAUCGGAAAGGCAGACUCGAUCACCAUCAGCGUAUGGAACCACAAGAAGAUCCACAAAAAGCAGGGCGCAGGUUUCCUGGGCUGUGUCCGCCUUCUAUCCAACGCCAUCAACAGACUCAAAGACACUGGCUAUCAGAGACUGGACCUGAAUAAGCUGGGCCCCAAUGACAAUGAUACUGUGAGAGGACAAAUAGUCGUAAGUCUUCAGUCCAGAGAUCGCAUUGGGACAGGAGGGCCGGUGGUGGACUGCAGUCGCCUGUUUGACAAUGACUUACCUGAUGGCUGGGAAGAGAGGAGGACAGCCUCUGGAAGGAUACAGUAUCUGAACCACAUCACACGUACCACGCAGUGGGAGAGACCUACUAGGCCAGCAUCGGAGUACUCCAGCCCGUCAGGACGUCCACUGAGCUGCGUGGUGGAUGAGAACACGCCAGUGAUGACGCCUGUAAACGGGGCCGAGGCCAGCUGCCCACCAGGCGAACAGCGGAUCCAGGAGAGACGGGUUCGAUCUCAGCGGCAUCGCAACUACAUGAGUCGAACACACCUGCAUACACCACCUGACCUGCCUGAGGGCUAUGAGCAAAGAACGACUCAGCAGGGUCAGGUCUACUUCCUUCAUACGCAGACUGGAGUCAGCACCUGGCAUGACCCCCGUGUGCCCAGGGACCUUAGCAAUGUGAACUGUGAGGAGCUGGGCCCACUGCCACCAGGCUGGGAGAUCAGAAACACGGCCACAGGUCGCGUCUACUUUGUCGACCACAACAAUCGAACAACACAGUUCACAGACCCGCGGCUAUCCGCUAACCUGCAUCUAGUACUCAACCCAAGUCCAAAUGGUUCCCGUGUGGCCAUGGACAGCCAAAACACUAACCUCAGUCAUCCGCCUCCGCCUCCGUUGAAGGACCAGGGUCCUGGGAUCCCUCAGCAGGCUCUGUCUCCAGCCCAGCUGCCUGAGGAGGCCGAGUGCCUGACGGUGCCCAAGUAUAAGAGAGACCUGGUGCAGAAGCUGAAGAUCCUGCGGCAGGAACUUUCUCAGCAACAACCCCAGGCCGGCCACUGCCGCAUCGAGGUCUGCCGUGAGGAGAUAUUUGAGGAGUCGUACCGGCAGGUGAUGAAGAUGCGUCCAAAAGAUCUCUGGAAAAGACUGAUGAUCAAAUUCAGAGGAGAGGAGGGACUGGACUAUGGCGGGGUAGCAAGGGAAUGGUUAUACCUGCUGUCCCACGAGAUGCUGAACCCCUACUAUGGCCUGUUCCAGUACUCCAGAGAUGAUAUCUACACUCUACAGAUUAACCCCGACUCUGCCGUCAACCCGGAGCACCUGUCGUACUUCCACUUUGUUGGUCGCAUCAUGGGCAUGGCGGUGUUCCACGGCCACUACAUCGACGGCGGUUUCACUCUUCCGUUCUACAAACAGCUGCUGGGAAAACCGAUCACGCUGGACGACAUGGAGUCUGUCGACCCCGACCUCCACAACAGCCUCGUCUGGAUCCUGGACAAUGACAUCACUGGUGUCCUGGACCACACUUUCUGUGUAGAGCACAGUGCCUACGGAGAAAUCAUCCAGCAUGAGCUCAAACCUAACGGCAAGAGUGUCCCCGUCACAGAGGACACCAAGAAGGAAUAUGUCAGGUUGUAUGUGAACUGGCGUUUCCUGCACGGCAUCGAGGCUCAGUUUCUGGCUCUGCAGAAAGGAUUCAACGAGGUCAUUCCUCAACACUUGCUCAAAUCCUUCGACGAGAAAGAGCUGGAGCUGAUAGUGUGCGGCCUGGGAAAGAUCGACAUCUCUGACUGGAAGUCCAACACGCGCCUGAAGCACUGCACCCCCGACAGCAACAUCGUCAAGUGGUUUUGGAAAGCCGUGGAGUCGUUUGAUGAGGAGAGGAGGGCCCGGCUGCUGCAGUUUGUUACUGGCUCGUCCAGAGUCCCGCUGCAAGGGUUCAAGGCUUUACAGGGUGCUGCAGGGCCCAGACUCUUCACUAUUCAUCAGAUCGAUGCCAACACCAACAAUCUGCCCAAAGCCCAUACCUGCUUCAAUCGGAUCGACAUUCCGCCCUACGAGAGCUACGACAAGCUAUACGACAAGCUGCUGACUGCGAUCGAGGAGACCUGUGGCUUUGCAGUGGAAUGAGAGACACAUUGGAGAGUGUGUUUGUGUGUGAACAUGUGACUGUGUGUGCAGGACUCCGAUAGACUUUCACUGUCACUGCGUCAUGCCAACAGACUCGCUCAGAGCCUGAUAACGUGCGUCUUCGACCAGCCUGCCGUCUUCCCCUUCUCUCACACAUUCUUCCUUUAUCGAUUUCUGUUUGAACAGCUGCUAAAGACCCAUCCCGUCAUUUAUUUUGUUUUCAUUUAUUUGUUUUGUUUUCUUUCAUUGUAGCUCGUGUGAAAUAUGGAGUUAAAUCUAAAUCUAAUCACGUCAGGAAGCAGUUUAUCAAGUUGAAGUUCAACGUCUUAUAAAAGUGAUUUCAAAAUUCUCCCUCUGCGUUUGAGAGCAGCGAGUCACUAUUUUGUUUGAUUGAAUUGAUCCUCGUCAUGCUACUGAAUAUUUAAACACUGCAGGUAGCCAUAUCUUGCCCUAGGUAGCCAUCCUAACCUCAACCAAUACACCUUCAAAUCCUCACGGCUGCAGAGUUGGUGUGUUUUAUUUUGUCGGAGCGCCACAAAUCCAUCCUACCUCACUGCUUUGAUAUCUGAAGUGGUUUCAUUUCAAAAUGAUAUGUUUUGAUGGCUAAUUUAAUUAAAAUUCAGAAUAAAACUAUCUUAAAUUUUUCCAGCAAUACUCGAUGAGUAGUCUGGUUUUCAUACCAGGAGUCAUUUUGCAGCAAUUAAUGAAUGAACUUAUAUGAAAUCCUAUAAUUGGAUUAUCAUUUUGAAAUGGAACUCGUAAAGACGGACCUGGAUGUGGGUCACUACCCGGUUGCAUGAAACCAAUUUGGUUCAGGUUGUCCUUAAGUUUUAAUGUAUGGAUAUCUCGGAAAAAAAUGGUUGCAUAAAAUCAUAAGGAUUUCAUUAGGAUGUAAUAAAGGAAAAUCCUUCUUCUCUAAGUGUUUGCCUUUAGCUACUUAAGUAUUCGCUUGUGUGUCGCGAGAAACUCCUUGUAGGUUUGUGGCAUUUUCUAACAGCAGUUAUAGUUACUGUCGAUAUUGUAGCGUUAACAACUAGCAGGUCAAAAGUUAACUCUUUAUCAGAUAAGAGCAUCAGCUAAGAUCUUAUUGAAACUCGCCAGUUAUUAACAGCUCCUGUGAAUGUUUGGCUGUCUCCUUUUUUGCUGUUGCAGUAAUAUUUUCUUUCUUUCUUUCCCAGCAUGUUUUUUGGCAUGGACUUUGUCAGUUUCUGGCCACAUCUUCAGUUUGUGUGUACUAAUUAUGGCUGGGUGGAAUUUAUUUUGAUUACGUGCUUUCUCUAUUUACAGGUGCAUCUCAAUACAUUAGAAUAUCAUGGAAAUGUACAUUUCCAGUAGUUCAAGUCAAAUAGCCCCAACCAAGUAUUGAAUGCAUAUAGAUGGACAUACUUUUCAGAGGCCAACAUUUCCAUAUUAAACAUACCUUUUAAAAUUGGUCUUUUGUAAUAUUACAUUUUUUCAUUAUAAUCAUUAUAAUUAGAAGAAAUUAAAUAAAUGAAGACAUGAAAUGUUUCAUAGUGUGUUCAAUGGAUCUAUACAAUGUGUUAUUUACACUUUUUGAAAUGAAUUACUGACAUAAAUAAACUUUUCUAUAAUAUUCUAAUUUAUUGAGAUGCAUUCUGUAGAAGCCAGCUAACAGUGACAGCAAUGCUGCCAAGUGAGUGGGGCUGAACUACAGUUCAUGAGGUGCUCUUGAGGCUGUAUUCUGACAGUAAAUAUCUAAAGCCUUCGUCUAAACGAGUGAUGUCACACUGAUCCAUGAAAGGGCCAUGUGGCUGCAUGCAAAUCAACUGAGUGAAAACGGUUCAGUUCCAGUUCAACAAGGAGAUGGCCGAUGAGGUGUUAUGGACGCUCCUGAAUGAACUCCUGAGUUUUGGGUGUUUUAUGCAGCCGGGUGGUGAUGUUUUGUGGCGUUCCUAAGUCGAGCUUGUGGUCCGUCUAAAGAUGAGGGACAGACUCUGGUGAAGAAGGAGGAGUGAAUCUUAUUAUUUUGUUGUAAAUCACUGCAGCGUGUCCACAGCUGGUGUAAAUGUGUGUUUCUCCGUGUGUGAAUGUUUGAAAGUAUGGUAGAACGUUCGUAGACAAGCUCCCCGUCAUCAUCGUUUUUAAAGCUGCAGAGGUGAUUGAACCUUACUUUUUUACCCCCAGUUCUUCCUACUUUUCUCCCAUUCACGUAUUUGUCUCCCGCAGUUCAAAGGAUGUUUGUUUUUAUAUUUUACAAUUUUUUUUUAUUUCAUCCAACCAAGAAUAACUCUGCACACUUCCUGUCAGAUCAUAUGUGAAAAGGGGCACAACUGUCCACGGGACCAGGCCCGAUGAAGCCUUUCAAGGCAGGCGUCUAUUUUCUGUCACAUCCUCGGUUUAAAAAGGCAGAAGGAUUUCUUUCUCUCUCUUGUCACUUUAGAGCACUUUACAAACUGAGCAGUGAUGGCAGGAGUGCUUUCUUCACGUUAGAUUUAAAUAUAUCAUUUGCUAUGCGACUUCAUUAGAACUAUACAGAGUUAAAAAAAAGUAUCUAUACACCUGUAAUUUUUUUAGUAUAUAUGUACAAAUACAUAGCUAUUUUGUAUAUUGUUGCUUGUUGUUUCUGUUCAAUUUAAAUGCAAGCAUGUUGGUGUCUGUCACAGACCUCUUUGCAUUCUCAGGUGAAGUUGUCCUUUUGUUUUAAUUUUUGUUUUAAUUUUUUACAUUUAUUAGGCUGGGAGGGGUAAAACUGGUUGUAAUAGAAACUAUAUUUCGGAGGCCCUGUCUUUAAACCUGUGAUAGAGUAUAAACGUUGGCAGUUUAAAGGUUCAGUAGGGUAACUUUUAUAGAAAGUAACUUUUAGUCAGAUUUGCUCAAACUGUCGCUGUGUCCUGGCAGUUAGACACCAGACAGAUAAUCAUGUUCCUCUGCCUCCUCCUGGUGCUCUGAAUGCUAUUUGCAAGAUUUACUAAAGAAUUAAGAGUUACUAAAGUGGCGUUCAAUCACUGCUGGUGAACUCUGAUCAAACAUGGCCGGAACAAAGAGUCCACUAAAACAAAAAAAACAACAAACAUUUGAGGUAAGAAAUAGGCAAUGAAGUAACAGAAUAGUGAUUCAUAUUUGAUCAUCGUUUAAGGUCCCACAGCUCUGAUUGGUUGUUUCCCUUCUAUUGCGAUGAUAACAUUGGGAAUAAUGGGAUUAUGGAAUUAAAAUACAAAUUAUGAGUAAGUGUUUUCUGUUACAGGUUGAAUUGGUGGUAUCCUGAAUACAGUUACUGUCUCUAAAAAGUGAUGACUUGAAGGGAUUCUUUUGUUACCUCCACAAAUGAGGUUAUGUUUUCGGUUCAAUUUGUCAGCAGGAUUACAGAAAAGCUCGUUUUCUUGACACUUGGUUCAAGGGUGCAGCAUGAGCCAAGAAAGACCCCAUUACAUUUUGGAGCAGGUCUGAAUCACAGGGUGGAGAUACAAAAUACUUUUCUCCUUCGUUAACAUUACGAGAUGAGGCAUGGCUUUGCCAGGUCUGCAUGCUCCAGGUUCCCUUCUGGGUUGUUUUUAUUUAAUUCCUUUUUUGCUCUAAAUUCACAUGAGGCACGCUUUGUGUUUUUUUAGAUGUUGUUUUUUAGCGUAGGAAUAUAUAACACCUAAUUCCAGAAAAGUUGGGAUGCUGGGUUAAAUGUUAAAUAAAAAAUGAUGCAUCAAAGUCAUCAAGUCAGUUUGAACAUUAAUUUUUUCAACUGAACAUUUGGCACAAAGGAUUAGAAAUCGAUCAUAUUGUGUUUCAUCUUUCCAAUGUCCUAACCUUCUUGGAAGCGGGGUUGUACAACCCAGAAAAAUUAGCUUAGCAAGAUUAUUUUGAAGCUUUCCAAAAGUAAUCUAAAGUAUUUAGAAUAUGUUUCUUAAUUGGAAUAAUCCAAUUACAUUUUAGGGCAAGUAUUCAGUAAUUGGUAAAGUAGUACGUUUUAAAAAAGUAACAUUGACUGUGGAUUCUUACAAAUAUGUUCAGGAGCACCAAGAGGAGGCAGGGGAAGUAUGAUUAGUGACAACUUAAUAAAAUAUCUUUGUCUAUUUUUGCUCAAAGCUCCCUACUGAAGCUUUUAAAGUGAGAUUUUUUUUUUUUGGUCAAUCACUUUCACUCAUUAACACACUCGCAGCAUCAUAGGAGGACAUGAACGGCCGUAUUUGCUGCUCUUGAGGUCUGUGUCACCACUAAACAGCCCAGACAUUAAUGUUGUUUCAUAUGCACAGGAGCAGUCUGCUUGCAACAUGAUUUUAUUUUAAAUGCAUGAAAAUGUGCUGAUGGUGGCCUUGAAUCUUCAGAGCUGCAGAUAUUGAAGGUGCUGCUGAACUCCUGGGUGCUACAGCGUGGAAGUGUUUAACCAAAAUGAAAAAGUCACUAAAAACCAGAGAAGCAUCUCCAUUACUGCAGCCUCCAUCCAAAGAACCCCCUGCUCAAGAGAUAAAGCCUAUUUAUUUGCAUAAUUAUUACUCAUUUUGAUUGGAAAAAUCUGUUAAAUAUUUUUUUUAAUAUGUAUACUGCCUGCAUUUAUAACCAGAAGGUUUGUUCGCUUAAACUCAGAAGCCUUGAGGUUUUUUUUUUAAUUUUGUGGUCAUCAUGAGACAACAGAAACAAAACAUGAAAUGGUCUUUGUACAGUUACAGAGAAUUUAUUUGAUUUUGUACCUUUAAUAACGAGACUCAGAGGCAGAAAAUAAAUGCAUUACAUGUUUUUUUUGCACACAUUAUGCAUACUUGGGCUCCAAGUUAUAAUCAGACACUUCCUUCUAUUUACCAAAUAGUUAAUGGACUGAUCAAGUUUUUUUUUGUGUAGAUAACAUAUAUAAAUAUAUAAAUAUA